GCGGGGGGCGCUCCCGGCCGGGAUGAGCUCACCGCAGUCGCGCCGGGGCUGAGCGCCGAGCCGGGCGGCAGCUCCUCGGCGGCUCCGCGGCGCGGCCGGGCCGCGGGCCACCAUGCUGGGCCUGGACGCGUGCGAGUUGGGGGCGCAGCUGCUGGAACUGCUCCGGUUGGCGCUGUGCGCCCGAGUCCUCCUGACAGACAAGGAGGGGGGGCAGCUGCCACCAGAUGAGGUGCUGGAUGAAGCUGUCCCUGGGUACCAAGCCCCUGGGAGGAAGAGCCUCCUAGAGAUCCAGCAGCUGGACCCGGAUGAUGAGAGCCUGGCCAAGUACAAGCGGGUGCUGCUAGGGCCCCUACCGCUGGCCAUGGACCCGAGCCUGCCCAACGUGCAGGUGAUGAGGCUGACACUGAUGUCCGAGCAGGCUCCAGGGCCCAUGACCAUGGACCUCACAGGUGAGCUAGCUGCGCUGAAAAACCAGGUGUUCGUUCUAAAGGAGGGUGUUGAUUACAAAGUCAAGAUUACCUUCAAGGUCAAUAAGGAGAUUGUCAGUGGUCUCAAGUGUCUGCAUCACACCUAUCGCGGGGGCCUGCGAGUGGACAAGGCCGUGUACAUGGUGGGCAGCUAUGGUCCAAGCACCCAGGAGUACGAGUUCAUCACCCCGGUGGAGGAGGCACCGCGGGGCGCCCUGGUGAGGGGUGCCUAUGUGGUCACAUCCUUCUUCACUGAUGACGACAGGGCAGACCACCUUUCCUGGGAGUGGGGCCUCCACAUCUGCCAAGACUGGAAGAGCUGAGCGCCACUCCCCUGACCCCUGUCCCGGGAACUGUCUUCCCACUUGGAGUCCUUGUUUCCCCUGCCUCUGCCAGUUGCUGCACAGGGAUCCCCGAGCAUUCUCCAGCCCCCUCUGUCAGUGACUAGACCCCCCACGCCCUUUGCCCUGCCUUGGGACACCCCCUCCCCAGGCCUGGUGCUGUGCCCUGAAUAGUCCUAUUAAACGUUGCCCUGUCUUGGUG